CCCUCGUCAACUUCAUCAACCAUGUCACUAUACUACGAAGCCUCCGACAUCCUCGCCAAUGCAGAAGCCAAGGGCGGUUCGUUGAAGAAUCGCAUCUUUGGCAAAAAGGACUUGAAAAGCUCUCCUGGCGCCAUCUUCGCUCUGGUAGCCGAGACCACUAAAUGGAGUUCUGUGCUGAAGGAAGUCGUCGAGAAGAGUGAUAUUCUGAAACUUGAGAAGAAGCUGACCCCGACUCUUGCCUUGCUGCUAGCCCAUGAUCUUGUUCUAGCCAAANAGGGAGUCGCUGCUCCGAAGUCACAUCCUCUCAACCUCGCCAUCUCUCGUCACAAAGCGAGAUUGAAUGCCGAAUUCACCAAGUGCCGCAUCAAGGGUAGAUUUGCGACCUUGGAUGCUUUCCGCGCACACAUCAACGCUGCCGCCGCAGACGAGAGUGCAGAAGCCACUGCGAACGGCACUAAGGCGUUUCAUCCUCGUUGGAUUCGUGUCAAUGCUGUGAGAACGUCUAUGGCAAAGGCACAAAGCACCUUCUUCGCAGACUUUACCAAGGUCUCAUCGCUCAAGGAGCUCAGCACUACUCCUCGAGGCAUCUACUUGGACGAACAUAUCCCAGACCUCGUUGCCAUCCCUCCUUCGAUAGAUCUCUCCAAGCAUGCUGCAUACCAUGCUGGUGAGAUCAUCUUCCAGGAUAAAGCCUCAUGCUUCCCCGCCUAUCUUCUGGACCCUCAGCCUAAGGAUGGUCAAGUGAUAGAUGCAUGCGCAGCACCUGGCAACAAGACUACCCAUCUUGCCGCAAUUUUGUCAUCUCAAAAGUCGUACGGUCUGAAGGCCUCUGUCACAGCCUGUGAGCGCAAUCCUAUCAGAGCGCAAACAUUAGAUAAGAUGGUCAAGCUGGCCGGUGCCGGCAAAAUCAUCACUGUCAAGGCCUCUCAAGACUUUACGAAACUCGAUCCUCGUUCUCAGGAGUUUGCUGACGUUGGUGCACUUCUACUCGAUCCAAGUUGUUCGGGCAGUGGUAUCAUCGGUCGUGAUGACACGGCAGUCUUGCACUUGCCGUCACUACCUUCGUCCGUUCCUGCACCUUCGAGCAAGAAGCGCAAGCGAAAGGCUAGUGCAGCUGUGGAGGUCCCGGUUCCGGUCGUCAGCGAAACCAAAGAUGAGCUCAGCGAAGAGACCCCGCAAGCAGCCGAGCUUGAGAAUGACGAGGAAAAGCUGAAGACAAGAUUGAACAACCUUGCGGGUUUCCAACUCAAGAUUGUACUCCACGCCUUCGCCUUCCCAGCCGCUAACAAGGUCACAUAUUCCACAUGCUCAAUACAUGCCGAGGAGAACGAGAACGUUGUCGUCAGGGCUCUAGCUUCCAAGGUUGCCAAGGAACGUGGCUGGAAGAUCAUGAGGCGCGAAGACCAAGUUGAUGGCAUGAAGAGAUGGGCAAGAAGAGGUGAUCCUGAAGCUUCAAUAGAAGCGCUUCAGGGCAAGGAGGAUCUGGUGGACGCGAAGGUGCUUGCGGAUGCCUGUAUUCGAUGUGAGAGAGGUACUGAUGAGGGUACCAUGGGCUUCUUCGUUGCCGGCUUCGUCAGAGAUCCCGACGCAAGUCCUGACGCAGAUCCCACCGGGGCAGUGGACGAGAAGGAGGUGAGCGAAGCUCAAGAUGAGGAAGACGAAGGAGAUGAGGAGUGGGGUGGUUUCGACGACUAG